UGAGUUUUUUUUUUAUAAUUGCCUACUUGUGUGCUUGUAUUAAAUGAAUAAAUUCUUAUGUUGUUAUCUUUGAAACAAAUGAGUUGUUAUUAAAUGAAAAAAUUGUUAUUCUGUUAUAUUUGAAGCAAAUGGAUGUUCACCCAGGACCUAUUUCACGAGACGUUUUAGUUCUUGAAGACGGAGUACAUAGGUGUGAUGCAGUAUGGGCGGACGAAGAUUACGCCAAAAAGAGUCUAAAGUGUCAUAGGACUUGUUCUAGUAUAUAUCCGAGGACUCUUGUUGCUAAUAGACCACCUCGUGUCAUAGAGAUCUUACGGGAUUAUGGAUUUUAUGGGGUGGAAAAGGUAGGUGGAUUACAAUUAGAUUGGGCUCUGAUUACUUCUUUAGUGGAGAGAUGGAGACCCGAGACCCAUUCAUUCCAUCUCCCCUUUGGAGAGGUUGGAAUUACGCUACAAGAUGUUGAGGUUUUACUAGGAUUGCCCGUUGAUGGCAUUCCAUUGUCGGGGGGCACCAGUCGAUCAAGAGAUCAGUGGAUUCAGAUUUGUCAUGACAUGAUGGGUUUUAGACCCGAACCAUCUGAUAUUACAUCUUCUACGAUUAAGAUAUCUGCAAUUCAUCUGAAGGCGCUGACAGAGAAUAGUGAUGAAGUUGAUUACCAACAGCAUACUAGAGCUAUCAUGUUUAAGUUGAUGGGUGGCAGCUUAUUUCCCAACACGACGGGAAAUAAGGUUAAUUUGUAUGUGUUGGAGGUAAUCAUGGGUGACUCUGUGCUGGUGCGGGGUCGUGCCAUAGGUGCUGCGGUUCUCAGUUUCUUGUAUCGUAGUAUGUGUCGUGCGAGCAUGACACAUGUAUCUCAGAUUGGAGGGUGUCUUAUCCUCUUACAGCUUUGGGCAUGGGAACAUCUGCCUAUGACUAGACCUAGGGGGGUUGUACCAUUGGAGCAGCUGGUUAAUGUUCCAUACGGAGUCAGACAGUUUGGUGCCCGCCAACGUGUUCCUCUCGAUGUUGUGUAUGAUCGACACCUACAUAACAUUAAGUCGACCACUAUGGAGCUCGGAGACAAUGAGAGACAUUAUUUAGGUCUAUGGGAGGGACGUUACACUGCAAAUGUAGUGAUGGAAUUUGGGAUGUCGGAUGCCACGCAUGAGUACCGUCAGUGGUAUUACCUCCAUGGUCGAAGACAGAUAGGAAACCCCGCACAUCAGCCCGGAACAGGCUAUGUCCCCAUUUCUCCUGAGCUACAGACAGCACUAUCCUGUAUGGCAGAUUGCCAUCAGCGCCUUGAUCCAGGUAGGCACCCGGAUGGUUUUGUACCCUCUCACGAGGUACUGCGAGUUCAUGACUUAUUAGGUGAGUGUAUACGUGCUCUUGGACAUGCAUCUAUCCUCGAUCAUCCACAGCAGCAACCAGUAUACAAUCCAGGACAUAUUCAGAGAAGGGCAGAUAGAAGGCGCGAUGCACCUCAUGUAGGGGUUAGGCGUGGCGGGCGUGGUCAACGUAGGUUGCAAGUAGAAGAAGAAGAGGUUCAUACCCCGGUCGAAUCCCAUCGUAUGUCCCCAGACGAGGAUGCCAUUGACGAUGACUGUGUUGAGAGCGAUACCCACACACCCGCUUUCACCUUUGAGCCAUCCACUUCAUAUACUCCGCGAUUCGAGGUUCCAGAUCCUACACAACGCACGUAUCGUACGUCACCGGUGAGUACUGAUGUAAUUCAAGACGGAUUCCAAGGCGUGGAAUCUGUCUAUGGUAAAUUCCCCAGACAUCAAUCAGGGGUUUAUGUUGGUUCACGACCUCUCCCAAUCAACGACGAACCAACAUGGCGGCAUUUUUUACGGAAAGCAUCACGUGAAUACGAUGCAGUUGAAGUAUUCAUCGUGGUGUCUAAAAAUGUUGAGGAGGAAGUUGAGGUGGAAGAGGAUGGUAAUCCAUUCUUUCAGCAACCAAUGGAUCAGCCAUCUUCAUCCCAUUACGCUCAACACCUUGAUAGCGAUCCGGAUGAUGCUGAGUACGUUGCACCCUUAGAAGAAGAUGAAGGCUCUUCAGAAGAGGAAGAGGAUAUAUCAUCAGAUGAAGGAGAUGAUGGGGACAACGAGCUUGCAAUGCCACAUUUAGAAGAAGUCCAACGACGUGAAACACAUAGAUCUUUGCAACCAACAUUCCAUGUACCAAUUAUUGAGGUUGGUAAUACGUAUCCUUCUUUUCAAAGUUUACAAGAAGCUGUGUCAUUACGUAACAUUGCAGAGCAUAGACACUUUCGCACAGUUGCGAAAAGGAGUCGUUAUUGGAGAGCUAGUUGUGUAUACACCCCCCAAUGUACUUGGUUCAUCCAAGCCGCAGAGAAUGCAGGGACAAGUAUUUGGACAAUAAAGCAAUACCAAGGAUACCACCAAUGCAGACCCGAUUACACAAGAGCAAAGGACGACAAAUUGUUGACAAGUGAACUCAUAAGUACCCUGAUUGGUCCAAAAAUUCAAGAAGAUGCUGACUAUAAAGUCAAACUCAUUAUCAGGGAUAUUUAUGAGUUGUUCCAGAUCUCUGUGUCUUACAAGAAGGCAUGGUGUGCACGGUUAUUAGCCAUCCAACGAUUGUAUGGUAGCUGGGAAGGGUCAUACAAUAAGUUGGCUCCCUUGCUCAGUGCAAUUAUGGAGUCAAACCAUGGAACUGUUGUUGAUUUACAAACAAUGGCAACUGAUUCACCAACUUCUUUUCAGUUCAAGUAUGUAUUCUGGUCCUUUAGGGCAUCCAUAGAUGGAUUUCACUAUUGUCUUCCUGUUAUUUCAGUAGAUGGAACUCACUUAUACGGCAAUGGGAUUGAGCAUGCAUUUGAAAAUGUGCCAGAGUUAGGUGGAGGUCGAGUGACUCGAAGAUAUUGUCUCCGCCACCUACGCAGCAAUUUCUGGAAUAAGUUUCGAAGUAAGAAGUUGCGGACCUUGAUGUACAAAGCUGGUAAAGCCCCGAAUAGAAGUGAGUUUGACCAGUUGCUACUCCAAAUAGCAUCCAAAAAUCAAGAAGCCUACAACUGGCUUAAUGCCAUUCCAGAACACAAGUGGGCUUUGUCACAUGAUGAAGGUGGGUCACGUUAUGGUGUAAUGACNCGAAGUAAGAAGUUGCGGACCUUGAUGUACAAAGCUGGUAAAGCCCCGAAUAGAAGUGAGUUUGACCAGUUGCUACUCCAAAUAGCAUCCAAAAAUCAAGAAGCCUACAACUGGCUUAAUGCCAUUCCAGAACACAAGUGGGCUUUGUCACAUGAUGAAGGUGGGUCACGUUAUGGUGUAAUGACAACAAAUUCCUCAGAAAGUUUCAAUCAUGUCCUUAAAGGAUGUCGUUGUUUGCCAGUAUAUGCCAUUGUGAUAUUCACCUAUGAUAAGCUGGUCAAACUUUUUGCUGAGAGGCAAACCAGUGGAGGAGAUAUGGAGAUACUCUAUCUUCUGGGAUCCUUACUCUCCACCUCCCUCACUUCUCUCGCUCUGUCUCUUCUCCUCCCCUUUACCCACGUCUUCCGCCGCUUCUGCGCCACACGCGCCGCCACAGACUCUGUUUCGAUCUACCAAGGCACCGUAUGGCAUGAGCGCCGCCGACCCGUCCACCACUCUUUCCGGUACGAUGUUCGUUACGCGCUGGUUGACCUUGACCACGCUCCUCACGCGCCGCCCGACCACCUCUCCGCUUCCCAAGCUCGCUCCUUUUCCGGAACCAAUGGCCCCGUUUUGUUGUUGACAAUGCCCCCAAGUGUGGGCUAUGAACAAAAUCCAUUGAGUGUGUACUAUUGCUAUGAUGUUGAGGCUUCCUCCUCUCAGCAUUUGAAGAAAUGCAUUGCUGAAGUGACAAAUACGCCAUGGGGUGAAAGAGUCAAGUUUUUGUUUAACCCAGAAUCCGAUAUGGUUGCGAAAGCUCUACAUGUUAGUCCUUUUAAUGAUAUGCUUGGUAGUUGGAAGAUAAAAACAAAUACACCGGGAGAGAGUAUUUUGGUAACAAUUUCAGUAAGUCAUCCCACACUUGGUGACUAUUUUUCAGCUUCAUUGGUUGCCAGAAGAGUAGAGUCUUCUGUGCCGGUGGAUCACACACUAUUCUUCUGGCUGAUGCCUCAUAAGGUUGCUUUUUGGAUAUAUUGGCAGGCUCUUAAACUUUGGUGGAAAGGUGUAAGAUUUGUACAACACCCAAGGUAUUACAAUCCCCGGUACAGAAAAGAAGCUGUAGUCCGCGAUGAAGAACUUCGCUGCUGCCAAGCGUUCGCGUCUAACUCAGAAAGCCAGCAAGAAACUGGAGAAAAGUGGUCAAAAUCUGAAGGAGACUUGAACGCGACAAGCCAUUGCUUCACUUGGAGGGAUGCCAAGUGGCCGUGGAACUAAAUAUAGAAGCCGGUGAGUUCAUUCAUUAUAUAGUGAAUUUUAUGUUACUUUCUUAUUGGGUAAUAUUCGGUGUUUGCGUUUCGCACUUACCCAGAAGAGAGGAGUUCUUCUUCCAUAAAGAUGGUUGCUUUGUUCCAUCAAUUGAGAGUGAGAUUAACAACAUUAUACUUACUCAGAAUAACUGAAGUGAAUGUACAUUAAUUCAUUAUUGUAGAUGGAUUGCACAUGAUUCAUCUUAUAUAGAUUAAUAUGCAAUCAAACUUCAUUGUAACU